AUACAACAUUGGAAGAAAGAAGACCACAUCUAAAGAAAUUGAGAAAUAGCACCGUACAAAAAUUGCUGGCCACGCAAUAUCAAGUCCUACGACAUUGCCAAUAAUUUUGUAGCCUUUGUAUGGCCUGAUCAUCUAGCUCUGUUCCUUAUGGAUGAUUGGAUAGAACACAAACAAUUGAUAUAUAAAUUAAAUAUUGUGUAUUAUAAACUAACAAAAAAAGAGUUCAGAAAAAGUUAUCUAAAUAAUGCUGAUGUAUAUUAUUUUUAGAGAAAUUAUGGUACCGUAGUACGGAUAAUCCAGACUGAAAAGAACACGCUCUUACACCCAUAUAAGCAAGCAAGCAAGCAAGCAGAGAGCAAAACAGAGCAGAGCAGGUUGUGAGCCAGCACUGCAUCAGCAUGAUGAGCAGUCGUCUUCUCAAACGCGCCUGCCUCCUCCUCCUCGUCUCGUCAUGGCUAUGCUCCCUCUCCGACGCCAAGAGGAAGACGCCACCCUCGCCGCCGCCGCCGCCCUCCUCCUUUGGCCUCCCCGUCCGGGCGGUGUGCCUCGGUGGCUGGCUCGUCACGGAGGGCUGGAUCCUCCCCUCCCUCUUCGACGCCAUCCCUAACAAGGACCUCCUGGACGGCGCGCAGCUGCAGCUCAAGGCCGUGGCGGCGGGCGCGUACCUCACCGCCGCCGACCAGGGCGGCGCCGCGGCGGUCGUCGCCAACCGGACGCAGGCGGCACCCUCCGCCUCGGAGACCUUCAAGCUGUGGCGGAUCAACGAGACGACGUUCAACUUUCGGGCGUCGAGCGGCCGGUUCGUCGGCGCCGGGAGCGACGGCGGCGCGGCGGUGGUGGCGGUGGCCGCCGCGCCGGGGCCGUCGGAGACGUUCCAGGUGGUGCGCGACGACGGCGACAAGAGCCGGGUGCGGAUUAGGGCGCCAAAUGGGCACUUCUUGCAGAUAGCAUUGGGAUCUAACUCAGUGACAGCAGAUUACUACGGUGAAAGCACAAGUUGGGGAGACGAUGACCCAUCAGUAUUUGUAGUAACAAAAGUUUUGGAGCUGCAGGGAGAGUACCAGAUUUGCAAUGGCUAUGGUACAGCCAAGGCUACACCAAUACUCAGGAAUCAUUGGAGCACAUACAUAGUCGAAGACGACUUCAAGUUCAUCUCAGCAAGCGGGUUAACAGCAGUGCGAAUUCCAGUUGGAUGGUGGAUUGCGAGUGAUCCCAAUCCUCCGGCUCCAUAUGUCGGAGGAUCCCUGCAAACCUUGGACAAUGCCUUCAAGUGGGCAGAGAAGUACAAGCUGGGCGUUAUUAUUGAUCUCCAUGCGGCUCCCGGGUCGCAGAACCCAUGGGAGCAUAGCUCAUCCAGAGAUGGCACGCAGGAGUGGGGAACAUCUGAUGCUAACAUCGCAGAGACAGUGCAAGUGAUCGACUUCCUCGCAUCCAGGUACGCAAAGAGCCCAAGCCUCCUGGCAGUGGAGCUGAUGAAUGAACCGUUUGCACCCCGUGCCACCUUGGAGAGUCUGAUGAAGUACUACCAUGAUGGAUACAACGCCGUCAGGAAAUACUCAUCGACGGCUUACGUCAUCAUGUCGAACCGUCUGGGACCGCAUGAUCCAACUGAGUUUCUUCAAUUUGCCAACGGCUUCCCCCGUGCCGUCAUCGAUGUGCACUACUACACGGUGUUCAAUGACCUGUUCAAUAACCUGACUGUGCAGCAGAACAUUGAUUUUAUCAAAUCAAACUUCUCAAGUGAGCUAAAAAAUGUCACAACACAAAAUGGCCCUCUCACCUUUGUGGGAGAAUGGGUGGCUGAGUGGAGAGUACCCAAUGCAACAAAGGAAGAGUACCAGAGAUAUGCAAAGGUGCAGAUGGAUGUUUAUGGGCAGGCCACCUUUGGAUGGUCCUAUUGGACUCUCAAGAAUGUUAACAACCACUGGAAUCUAGAGUGGAUGAUCAACAAUGGCUACAUCUCCUUGAAAACCUAACAACUGACAUGCCUCUAGCUGCCAUUGUUACGAGGUAAUCUCGAUGUCUGGAGGAUGUUGCUUAUCUCUCUUAGAUUUUACUUCUGGUUAAAAAUGUCUUGAAAGGAGCCGUAUUCAUGUUGAGUUUUCAAGUUGAACUGCUGCAUGGAAGUUCUCCGUAGUUUUGAUGUCGAAUGUAUGCACCACUUAUAUUAAAUUAUGUCAUAUGAAGUCAGAGUUGGAACUUGUAAGCUUGAUUUGUCAUGUUUCACAACAUCUCGUAUCAUCGUAUCAGGUGAAGUUUCUUCUAAGUGGAAAGCUGUAACAUCCUGAAAAUUAACUAUUUUCUAAUUAUGCAUUA